AUGGCUGAAUUUUCUGAGGUUGGGAAACAUUGUAGUGUUUCUGAUUGCAAACAGCUAGAUUUUUUGCCGUUUGAUUGUGAUAGAUGUGGUCUUGUUUUUUGCAAACUUCACAAAGCCACAGAUAAUCACCAGUGCAGUCAGCAUUUAAAAGUAGACAGUCGUCCAGAGUAUCAUGGUCCGAAAGGAAUCUCCUGUUUCUAUUCUGAUUGUAAGAAUCGAGAAUUAACACCAAUACCUUGUAUUAAAUGUUACAAUUCUUAUUGUUUAAAACAUCGCCAUGCUCAAGACCAUGACUGUAAAGUUUUACAAGAAGAGACAAUAAACAAAGAAUUAGAUUCUAAAACAACACAACAUGUUAAAGAAAUCCUAGCCUCCAAAGAGCCAGUCGUAAAGAAACAGUUCAAAAAGGGGAGUAAAUCUGCUAAAACAGCAGCCAAAGUUGCCUUAAUGAAGAUAAAAAUGACAGCAACAGGGAACAAAUCUAUUCCUGAUUCAGAGAAAAUAUUCCUCCAAAUUCAUCUGCCACAGAAAUCUUCAACUAAAUCUAAAAAUUUAUUUUUCUCAAAGAAAUGGAGUGUUGGUAAGAUAAUCGACUAUACAGCAGAUAUAUCUAGUCUAAAUAACACUAAUAAUACAGGAGAUCCGUUGAAGUUACGUAUAUUUAACAGUGAAGAUGGAGAUAUGAUAAAAACUGAUGAAAUAAUGGAGAAUGUUAUAAAUAAUGAUAGUAUCCCAGUGUACAGUGGAUCUAGUAUAAUUCUAGAAUAUGUUACUGUAGAUCAGAACAGUUUAUCUAAUUACCAUACCUACCCUUUAUCCUAG